GCCAGUCUGAAAGAUUAUUUUGAGAAGGGCUACAAGGAAGGCCUUGUUUUCGAUCACAAAGAGUACCGGCAUGAUGCGAAAGACUGGUGCUGGGUCCACACAGAACUGGGCGUGAAGGUCUGGCAGGAUGCCCUUGACCUGACUCAAGCCAGCGAUGCCAGCGAUGUGCAAUGUUUAUUCCACUAUACCAAUGAGUUUGGCUUUAGAAAUAUUACGGAUUUGAGGAAGACAGCGGUGGAACUGUUCGCUUCUUUGGUAACUUCGGGUGAGAAGGCCAACGCCUGGUGGGGUAAAGGAGUUUAUUCCGUCAAGAAGCCCCCAGAUGAGUGGGAGAACAUGGACGCAAUCAUUGAGAACAAUUACCUCAACAUGAAAAACAGAGACAUCGAGGAAGCGGAGAAGAAAGGUCCUGAGGCAGUGGCAGCCGUGGAGGAGUCGUACAGAUCCAAAGUGGCCUUUUGCAUCCCAAUUCUGGUUGAUUCAUCCAUCGCCUACGAUGUGUCCAAGAGACCAACGCCUGAAAUGGUUGAGCAGGGGAAGCCCGUUGGUGUGAAUUUAAAUGGAAAGCUGCUCAACGGUCGACAGUGUAUCGUCAUCCGAGUAGAAACAGAGAAGCGCGUUAGCAACGCCACCGCAGUUCUGGUGAAGUUGA